AGCAAGCAAGAAAUCUGCGGUAGAACAGACGUAGAAGCGGAGCGAGGCGGAGAGAAAGUACACCGGGGAGAUCAUGGCGAAAAGAUUGCUACUCGAUUAUCACAAGAGUCUGCCGCUCAAUGGACUGCAAGCUUCUACAGUUUUGCUUCUCAUAUAUGGGUUUACCUGUGUGUGCAGUAACGAGGUGCUGGUCCCAGAGAGGGUGAGUGCUGUGCUGGGGAAGAACAUUACUCUGGGCUGCAGGGUGGAGGUGGGCACCAACCUCAGCCUCACCCAGAGCUCCUGGGAGCGUCGCCUGCCCUCAGGCACCAUCACCCUGGCCGUUUUCAACCCCCAGUUUGGCAUCUCCAUCUCUCCAGACUACGCCAGGCGCCUGUCCUUCCUGAACCCCUCCGUGCACGAUGCCACCAUCGUCCUGGAAGGCGUGGGAUUUCAGGACAUCGGGUCUUACACGUGUAAAGUGGCGACUUUCCCACUGGGCAACACGCAGGCAUCCACCACCGUCAAUAUACUAGUGGAGCCCAAGGUCUACGUCUCCGCCGGCUCUACGGCCCUGGUGGAUGGUGGUAAUGAAUCGGUGGCGGCCACCUGCAUAGCAGAGCGCGGCCGACCUGCAGCCGAGGUGUCCUGGGAGACUGAGCUGUUUGGCCGCUCUGAGGUCCAGACGCAGGACGAGCCCAACGGCACCUCCACCACGCAGGUGCGCUACGUGUUGGAGCCACGGAGACACUCCCAGGGCCACACGCUCACCUGCGUGGUGCGCCACCCAGCCCUGCAGACUGAGUUCAGGAUACCCUACGUGCUCAAUGUGCAGUUUGCUCCUGAGGUGACGGUGGUGGGAUAUGACCAGAACUGGUUUGUUGGUCAGGACAAUGUGAAGCUGGACUGUGAAGCCAAAGCCAACCCACCUGCCCACCACUUCUCCUGGACCAGGUUGGAUGGGCCGAUGCCUGACGGUGUGGAUAUAGUGAACAACACUUUUACUUUCACUCGUCCUCUGGAGAGAAAUGACUCUGGACUGUACAGGUGUGAGGUGUCCAAUGACAUCGGUCCACGCGGUCAGAACGUUCAUGUUUGGGUACAAGAUCCUCCCCCCACCAUGGCACCAGUCGCCACAACCUCUACUCCCCUCUUCCUGGACACUAGUGACACCAGCACGGCCCCCAACAAGCGUCGAGGAGCGAGCGGCCACUCCACCUCACCCACUCUGUCCUCCCAGUCAGACAGCAGCCUGGGUACCAUAGUGGGCGGGGCUGUGGGUGGGGUCCUGUUCCUGGUGCUGCUGCUGAUCCUGGGCGGAGCCUGCUUCAUGCGCCAGCGGAGGACCUUCAGGGGGGACUACUACACCAAGCAGUACCUGGGCCCCUCCGACAUGCAGAAGGAGUCCCAGCUGGACGUGCUCCAGCCCCACGAGCUGCAGGAGGUCUACGGGGACGGGCAGAACUCUACCUACAAGGGCAGCCAGGAGCUGAAACCCAAGCCGGGACUGGGAGGGGACAUAAUUUACCCUAACGACAUCCAGGACAGGGAUGAUUGGGGCGACGGCCACAAGGGCCUCCGGGAGGGCAGCUACUUCCCUGCUGAGAACCAAAACACCAUCCACCACCCCAGAGGGCUGCCCGUUCACACCCCCACAGUGACCAACGGGUCUCCCUACCUGCCGGAGGACUGCUUUGACAACGGCACAGACAGCGAAUAUGUGUCCCACAUGGAUGGGUCUGUGAUCUCACGCAGGGAGUGGUAUGUCUGAGAGCUCUAGGGGAGCUGGAAAAUACCUUUUGGCUCAAACAGACUUGGUGAGACAAUAAUUUAACAAGCGUUGAAAUAGAUAUAUUAUAGAGAAUUUAUAUCAAUUCAAUAAACAGACUCUAAUAGACAAGAAUGAACAUUCCCGGUUCAUUUUUGUGCUCUGACUCUAACCACUGACCCUAAGGACUUCUAUAUGACUUCCAUAUGGAGUGUGUUAUAACGUCGUGGCAUCUCAACAGAUGAUCGCAGGCUGGGAAUGGCAGUAAUCUGCUGUCAUUAUCGGCUUAACUUUAGAAUUAGGGUUCAUUUGGCAAGGGUUUCUCUGUACUACGUUGUUUCAACAGAUGUGAGCGGUUCACAUUUGUGUCUUUCUGCUUUUAUGUAUGUAAACACCUGUCUGGCAUUUUAGCCCUCAUUAGUGAAAUAUUUCUGUCCUUUUUUAACAUUCUGAACUAUGUUGCAUCAAUUCAAACCCCUCACAUUCAAUGACAUUUCCCCCAAAAUGUACACUUUAUUGCUUGCCUGUAAUUAUAUGACUUUUUCAUAAAGGUGCAAUUCUGGUUGCUUCUUGCUGUUGAGAACACCUAAAUCAGAUUGUUAUAUUUGAGUGCUGAAACUGUUAUGUGAAAGGGAAAAGGAUUCAACAAUAUGACAAUUUGACAAGUUUAUGGUUCUAGAUGACAAUAGAACAUAUCCACAUGUUGAUGUGAGCAGGAUGUACAGUGAUAUUGUCAGGACUAUGGGACGUGACAGGACUCCAUUAGACACAUCGGAGGAACAAAUCUCAAGCUUUGCAUCUAUUUAGGACAGUUUAUUGGACAUGUUCUUUAGCAUUGUGUCCCAACUGGCACCCUAUUCCCUAUACACUCAGUGGCCAGUUUAUUAGGUACACCCAUCUAGUCCUGACUCCGCUAUCUGCAUGACGCAAUAGGAACCCGAGAUUCAUCGGACCAGGCAAUGUUUUUCUACUCCUCAAUUGUCCAGUGUUGGUGACCACUUCUUCUUGUUUUUGGCUGAUAGGAGUGGAACCUGGUACAGUGUGUGUCAUUGUGAUCUGUGAUGGAUUUUUCCCAGUACACAACCAGGCACCAUGACAUGGUCUGUGUCCCAAAUGGCACCCUAUUCCUUACGUAGUACAGUACUUUUGAACAGAGCCAUAUGAGCCCUGGUCAUAAGUAGUGCACUAUAUAGGGAAUACGGUGCUAUUUGGGACACUGACCAUGAUGUUAAUGCUACUAAAGUGUUGACAUCACCAGUGGUCUCAUCAUCAUUAGCUUGUAUUGACCUAGCAUUUCCUGUUCCUUCUCAGCCGGCUGCUUCAUUCUACCUGAGAAACUAAAGGAUCAAAGUGGCCUCUCUAAAGCCUUGCCAUUAAAGGAAAGCGAUCUCUUCAGUCAACGGGUCGGGGGGAGUAGAGCAUUUAUGUAUACACUGACUGUUGGAGGAGGGGGUUAAAGAGGUAGUAAUCUCCCUGUGGCAUUUCCUGGUGGGGCUUGGUUUUUGCCUGAGGUUGCUUUGUUUCUCCUUGUGGGGUUUUGCAGAUUGAGGGCACACUCUUUUUAAUUUGAUCCUUAUUAUUUUUUGCUCCCAACCCUUUGGUGGUUUAUAAAACACUUGCAUAUCACACACACACCACAUGCUGCCUACUGCCUAGACCACUCCAACCCUGCCAUGUUCAAAGCCCAGCCCUCACCUCAAAGUUUUAGCUUUUUAAUUAACUUCUCUUCCUUGGAUGGACAUCGCAAAUGUUUGACCUCAGUGAUGUGUAGAGCAUCUGUGUAUGCAAGCACACUCACGGUUUUUAUCUGUUUGAUUCAAGGCUUCCAGCGUGUGCCUGACUAAAAUGAACAGAGCCCCUCUGAAAACUUUUCUUAACUUAGCUGCUGCUCAGACAUCCACCCCCAGGGGUUGUGGGCACGUAGGCUAAAUACAAUGCAGGGAUACAUUCUCAUGUCUUUUACUGUCUGUCUGUACACACAAUAUGAGGUGAGCUUGGUCUUACUCCCUAUUUUGAACAUUUGUUCAAAUACAGGCUGGUCUUUGACAUGUCAUUUCAUUUGGAGUAGAAGAAAGUGAUUGAAUGUCUAAUGAAAUUAUUUUUUUAUUUUUUAUUUUUUUGGCAAAGCUUUUGUUUUCAAGUUGACCAUGUUUGGAAGGGGAAGAGAUUAAGUUAUUGUUGUGCCUAUACUGCCUUCCUUUCGUUUGAAUCCUUUAUUGUUUAUUCUUCUGCUUAUGUAUAUAUGUUCAUGGUUUUUAUGUGUGAUGAUAUCAGCCUGAUUGUCGGGAAGACAUUUGAUUCAUGUGUUGAUUUUAAGUUCUGAAUGCCUCUGGAGAGAAAGGUUGGUGCCUUAUGUCUUUCUUUGUAAUAUUUAUGAUUUUGUUACUUGUUUUUAAACCAGCGUAGUUGACUUAAGGUGAAUUGUUUAGCCUUAUACACACAGACUCUUGUAGCAGCUCUUGUAGCAGCUCAAGUUGCAAUGUACCUAAAAAUUGUAUUUCACUGGAAAAUUACAUGGGUAGUACUUUGUUAGUACUAAGCAGGCCAGAAUCAUAGUCAAUAUUAUUGUUUUGUAAAUAUGCUGGCUGUCUUUUUUUAUUCUUUAUUAAAAAAAAUGUAUUUUUUGUCUGAAAUUGUCACAGAGCAUUUCGAUUAUUUGAAGGUCAUUUAAAAUACGACCACUAGUCUGUUAGUACUGGGGAGUUUUCCUCUUUCACUUCAUUUUACAAGAUAUUAGUUCUCAAAGGUUUGACUAAUUAUUUUGUUGCCAUUGUGCUAUUAAUUGGUUUGUCAAAAAUCACAUUGGAAACACGGGAUAGAUAAUUGUUCUCUGUUUGUAAUAAAAGAGCAUCUUAUCUGAAUCAUA